AAGAAGAAGAAGAAGAAGAACAAACUCCAGGUGCAGCAGCUGAAAUCUGUCUGACUGUUAAAGAUGGAGUUUAUUAAAGAGGAGAUUGAAGACAUGAGUGAUCCACAACCAUCCAGAAUAAAACAUGAAGAUACUGAGGAACAAAUAGACCAGAUGGAACUGACAGUGGAGGAUAAAAGUAACUUAAAAAUUCAAAGAAUACAAACCAAACAGCUGCACACCUGCUCACAGUGUGGAAAGAGUUUCAAAGACAAAGGAGUCCUUAAGAAGCACAUGAGAAUCCACACUGGAGAGAAGCCGUAUCACUGUACUCAGUGUGGAAAGAGUUUUGCUGCAGCAUCAGGUCUCAGUUAUCAUCUGCAUGUUCACUCUGGAGAAAAACCGUUUAGCUGUGAUCAGUGUGAUAAAAAGUUUAUUUCAUCAUCACAACUAAAAAGUCACCUGAGAGUUCAUUCAGAUGAGAAGCCUCAUGUGUGUUCUUUCUGUGGAAAGAGUUUUACGCAAAAAGGAGCUUUUAAAAUACACAUGAGAAUCCACACUGGAGAGAAACCGUGCACAUGCCCUCAGUGUGCAAAGAGUUUUGCUGCAGCAUCAGGUCUCAGUUAUCACCUGCAUGUUCACUCUGGAGAAAAGCCUUUUAGCUGUGAUCAGUGUGGUAAAAGAUUUAUUUCCUCAUCAAAUCUAAAAAGACACUUGAUAUUUCACUCAGAUUUGAAGCCUCACUUGUGUUCUUUCUGUGGAAAGAGUUUUUCAUUGCUGGCUCAGUAUAAACAGCACCAGAAAACACACGAUGAAGUGAGAGAACACAUGUGCUUUGAGUGUGGAAAGAGCUUUACUGCAGCUGCCUUUCUGACAAGACACCAAAGGAUUCACACUGGAGAAAAACCUUACAAGUGCUCAUAUUGUGACAAGAGUUUCAAUCAGUCUGGAACCCUGAAAAUACACAAGCUACUUCAUACUGGAGAGAAGCCGUAUCACUGUACUCCGUGUGGGGAGAGUUUCAGAGUAUCAAACAGCCUUAAACAGCACAUGAAAAAAUGUCACCGCGAGUAACCUUUCAUUCUCAUUUUAAAUGCAUUCAAGGAAAUCGUGUGAAAUAAGAUAUUGAAUUGCUGCCAAAAACACUAGCAUCUAGUUUAAUUUUUGUGAAUUUUGACUGAUUAAGGAACUGAAGAGUUUUGUUUGAAGAGUAAUAAUUCUUACAGCGUAAAUAAUCAUUUGUAUCUUUAUUAAUUAGUCCACAAAAUAUAUCCGUCUGGGUUGUGUGUUAAGCAGGUCAUUUACUUGUUUACUGUUUUUGAUCUGAUUGUACAUGAGCUGGUGUCUGUAGUUAAAAAAAUAAUAAACUGUAAAAUAAAGUUGCUUUCUUUAUUUAACUUUUUUUUUUUUU